GCGCCUCCUCUUCCCUCCUCUCGGUCGGGUCUUGCUGGAGCCGCGGGCGAGAGCGAAGAUGGCGACGUGGGCGUGCGGGAUGCCGGCGCGGCGCUUGCUGCUGCUGGCGGCACUGCGGGGCGGAGACCCUGGCCUGGCCCGCGGCAGCGGCGGGGGCCGGGACUACUCCAAAGACCACGAAAGCAGCUGGUUCCGUUCCCUCUUCGUCCACAAAGUGGACCCCCGAAAGGACGCUCAUUCCAACCUCCUGUCAAAGAAAGAGACCAACCACCUGUACAAGAUACAGUUCCACAAUGUGAAACCUGAGUGCCUGGAUGCCUAUAACAGCCUGACGGAGCAGGUACUUCCAAAGCUGCACUCGGACUCGGACUACCCCUGCGACCUGGUUGGCAACUGGAACACUUGGUACGGUGAACAGGACCAGGCAGUGCACCUCUGGCGAUUCACCGGUGGCUACCCGGCCCUCGUGGACUGCAUGAACAAGCUGAAACAGAACCAGGAGUACUUGGAAUUCCGGAAGGAGAGGAGCAAAAUGCUGUUGUCCCGAAGAAACCAGCUGCUGUUGGAGUUCAGCUUUUGGAAUGAGCCUUUGCCACGGCCUGGGCCCAAUAUCUAUGAACUGAGGACAUACAAGCUGAAACCUGGGACCAUGAUUGAGUGGGGAAAUAACUGGGCACGGGCCAUUAAAUAUCGCCAAGAGAACCAGGAAGCUGUGGGCGGCUUCUUCUCACAGAUCGGGGAGCUGUACAUCGUGCACCACUUGUGGGCCUACAGGGACCUGCAGUCUCGAGAGGAGACGAGGAACGCUGCCUGGAGAAAGCGAGGGUGGGAUGAGAACGUUUACUAUACAGUGCCUCUGAUCCGGAGCAUGGAAUCGCGAAUCAUGAUCCCCUUGAAGAUCUCCCCCUUGCAAUGAUGCUGUCGCCAGGCGCCCUCUCUCCGCACCAAACACGCAGAAAGAAAUUGAGCUGGCUGUGUUUUUCUCUGCCCGGAUCCUCUCUGCACUCUUUUCUGACCUUCUCUUCACCCCUCGCCUGCCCCCUAUCUUCUCUUGCUGCUUUGUGUGGAGACCCAUCUCCUUGCCUUCCUCCCCCCCCCCCUUUUCCUCCCAGCUUCUUGGUUUCCAGAAAGUGUGUCGGAAUCCUGCUGAGCUCAUCUUUUUGACUCUGAAUGGGAAGCUUGGAGGCUUGAUGUGUUGCCAUAGAAGAUGGACGACCCAGUCUGGCUUGUUCCAGAGGCUGAUGAUUCUCUGGAUGAAGCUGCUUAGAGGGUGCUGGCUGUUGUUUGUUGUGGCACACACAAUUAUCCUGAGAGUUGUUAGGAGGCCCCUGUCCCUCUCCUAGAACUACAGUUCCCAGAGUUCCCUGGG